AUUUUCAAAUAGUAUUACACAGGUUAGUGACAAUAAUACAUUCGGAAUAGUCCUACACAAGAAAUUUACAGCGUACAGUUUCGGUAGUAUUGAGAAACUGCAAAAUUUUCAAUUAGAGUGAACAAACACUCAAAACGUAAGUAACGAAACUAAUCCAUUUUACAUCAUUAAAAAAUAAUGUUAAAAGAAAAAUUCGAGAUAAAUCUUUUAGCAUACCCUUUGCUGAUACUUAUCCUCAGCGUGGUAGGCAAUGCAAAAGAAAAUAUUAAAGGAGGAAAAACUAGCGCAAACCGAGAUGAAAAUACAAAACGCGAUGCAAUCACAUAUCAGGAUAUCACUGUUGAAACUAAAAUUGUUCCUGAUUUUAACAAUAUAUUUGAUGACAUGGAAAAAAUACGAAAUGCAAUACCUGUAGAAAACAAUAUAAAUCUGCCAUAUGAAGAAAUGUUCUUUUUCAGGAAGAAACAAGACAAAACUGAAAAUAAAAAAUAUACUGAGAAAAUAAGUGAGGAAAUGAUAAAAAAUCUACUUAAUGACAGUGAAGAUAAAAUUUCAGAUAGUGAUUUAGGAACUGAGUUGUAUAAUAAAGGUUCGAAAAUGUUGAGUUCCUAUCAAAGCAGUAAAAUAGAAGCUUAUUCUCUGCUUCUUAAUGCAAGUAGAAUGGGAAGUAAACCAGCAAAAGCCAAAGUCGCAUGGGAAUUAAUGUGCGGAACAUACCUACCACAGAACAUUUCCAUGGCAAAGGAGUUGUUUGAACAGUUAGCAGAAGAAGGAGUUCCGGAUGGUCACACCGGAAUGGGGUUCCUUCACUCGCUGGGCUUGACAGUGAACGCCAGUCAGGCAAGAGCUCUCCUUCAUUACACUGUUGGUGCACUUGGAGGGAGUCAUUGGUCGAAGAUGAUUCUUGGGUUCAGAUACUGGAAUGGCAUAUCAGUUACUGCUAACUGCGAAAAAUCCCUUGAAUUCUACCGCCAGGUUGCUAGUCAUGUUGCGUCGCGGGUAGAAGCAAACGGUGGUGUCGUAGUUCACCGUAUUAGAUUGCUAGACCAGGCCGAGGAUCCGGGAUACCAAACUGGACUUAUUGACAACGAUCUCAAGGAAUACUACGAGAUGUUAGCCGAUAAAGGAGAUGUUUCAGCACAAGUCGGCCUGGGACAACUAUACUACCGCGGAGCAAAAGGGUUCUCUCGGGACUACGGGAAGGCUCUGUUAUAUUUCCAAAAAGCUGCCGAGGCAGGAAAUAUAAUAGCUAUGGCCUUUAUGGGAAAAAUAUAUUUAGAAGGUGAUGAAAAUGUCAAGGUUAAUCUUAUGAAAGCUUAUCUAAAUUUUAAAAAAUCGGCAGAUUUUGAAAAUGCAAUUGGACAGUACGGGAUUGGCCUUAUGUAUUUAGAAGGAAAGUAUGUUGAAAAAAAUAACCGGAAAGCAUUAUUUUAUUUAUCUCGAUCUGCUGACCAAGGAUGGGCUGAGAGUUUACUGCUACUCGGAACGAUGUAUCUUCAUGGUACGGAGUUGAAAAAGGACUACAAAAUGGCGCGUAAAUAUUUCAUCAUGGUUUCACAGGUUGGACAUACUUUGGGAUACUUUAACUUGGGGCAAAUGCAUGCUUCUGGGAUUGGCACCAUGAGGUCUUGCACGACUGCAGUAGAACUGUUCAAAACUGUAGCCGAGAGGGGAAACUGGGGGACGCACUUAAUGGAAGCGUACAACCAUUAUAAAAACAAUAGGUACAACCAAUCUUUUGUCAUUUACGCUCUUUUAGCAGAGAUGGGCUAUGAGGUGGCACAAAACAAUGUAGCGUUUCUUCUUGAUAACGGCUUGUUUACUUAUUUAGAUCGUGAUGAAGAGAACAGGUACGUCCGGGCUAAAACCUACUGGAGCAGGUCAGCGAUGCAAGGCAACCCAUCGGCCUUAAUUAAGUUAGGUGACUACUACUACUACGGACUUGGGACUAAGGAAGAUUACGAGACAGCAGCCACUUACUACCGCGUGGCCUCUGAGCAGUUUCGGAACCCUCAGGCCAUGUUCAAUCUCGGAUACAUGCACGAGCAGGGCCUCGGCUUGAAGAGGGACCUCCACCUGGCCAAGCGCUGCUACGACAUGGCAUCGGAGGCUAGUCCAGACGCUGAGUUUCCGGUUUUGAUUGCUUUAACGAAGUUGUACUUCAUGUCUGCCAUUUGCAUGCUCAAAGAGCUGGAUUGGUCGCAGGUGCUGGCUUUACAAGGAGUGAAUGCGUACCUUGGCCACAACUGGGAUCUCUAUCUCUGCGGUUUCCUUUGCUUUUGUAUAACGUACAUCAUCCACUUCCGAGUUAACCGGAGAGACCUCUUGCGCGAUAUGAUUAACUUCUUGUGAUGUAGUUAUUAACAAAAUGCAUAUUUUGUUAAUUGACGAAGAAUUGUUCCGUUUCCAUUAAAAGUUUUCAUUUUUAUUCUAAUUUACAUCAAUUACAAGCAAAUCAACUUGAAUUAUAUUGUUUUAUAUCCAUGUAAAAAUGUUCAUUCCUUUAUUUAUUAUGUCAAAACUGAUUUCUGUUAAAAAACAUAAUUUUUUUUAAAUUAAAGGAAUUUUUCGAUUAACCAAUACCAUCUCCUUUAUAAAAAAUAUAUUGCAGAUAGCAAAUUA